AUGAAAGUAUUCAUCCACAACGUAAAUACCUACACAGGGAGCUGCCUGUGCGAAACGUUCAAAGAGGUGAGGAAUGAAAAGACGGAGGUAUAUGGAACUGUGGUAGAGCCAAGCAAAGGGAAGAAUGGCCUCAAGUAUGAUUAUGGGGAGGUCACAAAGGUGGUGUCGAGGAUCCCCAAGGACAACAUUGUGAAGCAGCUACUACAAUGCGAUUUAAUUAUAUUUGAUUUAAACAAUACGAAUGUGGAGGAACUAGAAUAUAUUAUACGGAAGGUCAAGUAUGAGCAGCUGAAGAAGGAUAUCACCUUGGUGCUCAUUUCCUCUGUCAUGACUUGGAACAAGACCAAAAGGAAAUUUUCUCUCCAGGGGGAGAAUAGCUAUACUGAAUCUGUGGGAGAAACAAAAGGGGAACAUGUUUCAGCGGAAGACUCCACCUACAGUGGUACCACUAAACACAUCAACGUGCCGGAAGUCUUCACAGAAAAGGAUUACAUGAAAAGAACACCCUCUAGACAAUACGAGCAACACAAAACUAUUGAAACUCUAAUCUUAUCGCUGAACUCAAGGAACAAACUAAGCACAUAUGUGGUGGCAUCAGGGAUCAUGUAUGGAAAUGGGGAGAAUAUAUUUUUUCCUAUUUUUAAAAAUGCUUGGCUAAGUGCAGACAAUCAUAUAAUAGACCAAGGAAAUAACUUUAUUCCUCUUAUUCAUGUGAAAGGUCUGUGUCAGUUCGUGAAGGAGGUGUAUUUGAGACAGCCACUAAGGAAAUACCUCAUUGCUGUGGAUGACGAACAUCUAACUCAGAAGAGAUUAAUUACAACGGUUGGAGAUUUCGUGUCUGAAAAUUCCACGUACCUUAGCGUGUCUCCUCACGAUUCGUUGCUCUUUGAUUACGCGGAGGUCAUGUGCGUCAACUUGAGGUUCUCCUGUUCGCAGUUGUGGGAGGGAAGCGAUGGAGAGGGUGAACAGGCGGGGGGAGGUGAACACCAUGAAGAGGGUGGAGAGGCGGCAGACGAUGAGCAUGAUGAGGAAGAAGAAGAGGAAGAGGAUGAGGAGGACGACGAAGAAGAUGUGGACAAGUCGGACGAAACGCAAGAUGAGGACAAGCCAGACAUGGACCAACUGGAUGACAACACGCACCUCGCCAAGAAGAAGGGAACCAACCAGGAGGGGCAGCACACAAAAGGUCAACGAUUCACAUUCCACUGCAGCGACGGGUUCACAAAAAACAUUUCCACCAUAGCCACGGAGUUCUGCCAAUACAGAAAUUUGAAGCAGCUGAGGGUCCUCAUACUUGGCCAGCCAGGAGUGGGCAAAACAUUUAUUGCCAACAAAAUAUGCCACCACUACAAUUUGAACCUGUGUUCAAUCUCCUCCCUCAUUCAGGAGUUCAAACAGAGGGGGUACGAUUUUCCCGAGUACUACAAGCAGUACUUAAGUGAACUAAAUGACGAACAGGAGGGGAAGAAAAACAAGAAACAUGUAAAGGGGGGCGUAACGGGAAACUCCAAGCUGACCCUUCCAGACCUGACGUCCCUGUUUUAUCAAAAGCUGCAAAGCAACGAGUGCAAAUUUAGGGGCUUCGUUUUGGACUUCUUCCCGCGAAAUUAUGAAGAGGCGGAAUACUUCUUUGGGCGCCACGGGGGGAAUCUGACUGCGGACGGUAAUGAAGUGCAUCAGCCAGACGGGGACAGCACGAACGAGCUGGAGACGCAACAGAAGGGGGACGGCGAAACGAGCGCAGCAAAUGAGGUGGAUGAAGCGGAGGAGGUGGACGAAGGUCACACGCCAGGGAAAACCGACAACGACAUCACGCAGGCGACAACCCCUGAAGGAGGAAACACCUCAACGGGGGCUACUCCAAAAGGAGGCUCAAAGGAAAUCCCAGACGAGGCAAAUAAAAACGCCCCAUUGCCCGAAUUUGUCAUCGUGUUGAAGUCCCCUGAGGAGCUGUGCAGAAGCAGAAUGAUGAAUCUAGCAGAGGAAGAAAUAAUAAAAGAACACAACGACGAAAGCGGAUUUGACAGAAGACAUAAAAAAUAUGUAAAAGAAAAUUGCAGAAAUGAUUACUUUGAAUUUGAUCAGAAAAAGUCUAUUGAAGAUUAUUUCCUCGAAAGAGAGGUAGAAGUAUUCAAUGUUCAAAUAAAUGAAGACUCUUCAUUAGAUGAUAUACUCACAAAUAUAUACAUUUACAUGGAAAAAAAUGUUAAGUUUGAUAAUUUCCUUCCAUCUCGUGAGGAAAUGUUGAAAGACAAAUUGCAGCAAGAGGAGAAGGAACUUUGCCUCGAAAAGGAAAAACUUGUGAUGAAGGAAAAUCAACUCAUUGGGGAAGAGAUUAGCAAAAAUGAUGAAUUAAUAAAAGCAGAGAAAAAGAGACAGGAACUUCUUCUGGAACAUCAACAGCAGUACUUUCAUAACCAGUCUAUCCCCCUGAGAUUCUACUUGAUUAAGAAUAUUUUGCCCAUUUUAACAGACGCCCUGAUACACAUUUGUCGAACCAAGCCCAAGAACCCCUGUCUGCACAUCGCGCAGUAUUUGCUGGAAAACGCGCACAAGUACAACGUCGAGGAGGCUACGCUGGACAUGCUGCGAUUGGAAGAGUCGGGGUCUGACGCAGCGCGUGCCCACCGGGGUUGA